CGCUGGCAUCCUCGCGUCGCCGGAGCGACCAGCCCGAUAUAAGCACGACCCGCCCCAACCCCGCGCCAGUCAGCCAUGCACCUACCGCGGACCCGCUCCCGAAUACCCCACGUGCACCGAACCGCGAGUGUGACCCCCUAAAGUUAUGAAAUAACUCCUGUGACAGUGCAGACACUAACCAUGAAGUCCAGGAACGAUGAGCUCACCCCCCAGCCGGAGCUGCAGGAGCUCCUGCAGAAACCCAACAGCCUCCCCCUUUUGCCGGACAGGGGGAAACGAGCAAAAAUAAUCCCGAGCCAAGUGUCGAGGGAGAAAACCAAAGCGCAAGCGACAGCGGAGGACGAGCAAGCCGACGUCGUGUCGCGCGUCAUCGGCAACUACGGCCGCUGGCAGCUGCUCAUCACGUUCCUGCUGUCACUGUUCUCAUUCCCCUGCACUUUCCACAUUUACCUGCCUACCUUUACGGCAAAGGCAACCAAGUUCUGGUGUCGGAUGCCAGAAAACCUUUCAAGUUUGCCGCUACAAGCUUGGAUUAACUACAGCCAGCCCGUGGACGCCUGUAGCGUGCGCGUGAUUCCUUCGGAUGUCACUGUAGAGAGUAUACUGAACCACACUGCUUCUCUUAGUAACUCCUUCAUGAAGUGUUCGGAGUGGGACUUCGACCGGUCCGAAGUGGGAGACACGAUCAUUUCGGAGUGGAGCCUGGUCUGCGAUAGAGCCAGCCUGACGAAUUUGGCUGAAGUGCUCUUUUUGGUCGGCGUUGGCGCUGGUGGCGUUGUGGGUGGAUGGAUUUCUGAUAAAUUCGGCCGUAAGCGCAUCUUGAUGGGUAUGCUAGUGACUCAGAGUGCAUUAGCUAUUCUCUCGCUGCUGGUUCGCUCCUACGUGCAAUACGUCGCAGUCCGCCUGAUCAUGGGCUUGGUGUCCGUGUCAGUGGUCUACGCAGCAUUCGUGCUUUCAGUGGAGUUAGUGGGAGGGAAGUGGGUGACCAUAGCGGGAGUCUGCAACUUCUUCCCCCUGCCGCUGGCGUACAUCAUCGUGUCUUUGCUGUCGAUAGUGAUGCCAAACUGGAGGGACUUACAAUUGACGUUGUCGCUGCCUGGAUGUCUGCUCCUGCUUUUAUGGUUCGUACUCCCAGAGUCACCUCGAUGGUUAUUGAGUAUGGGAAGAACUCAAGAAGCUAAAGUGAUUCUUGAAAAGGCAGCGAAGUUCAACGGACGCGAAGUACCCGCCGACUUGGACAAACUGCUCAUGCUUGACAGAGCCGCGAAUCAAGACGAAGAGCCGAGCGUAAUGCUUCUCUUCAGAGGACACCUAUUAAAGAGGACCAUUUGUCUAUUCGUGGCUUGGUUUGCAAUGACCAUUGCGUACUACGGCCUAUUGUUGAAUAUCGGAAACUUCAAUUUGGGGAACUUGCAUGUCACGUCGAUAAUUUUGGCCGUAGUAGAGAUACCAGCGAUAGCUAUUAGUAUUCCGAUUUUAUUGAAGGCUGGGAGACGGAUUCCCAUUUUUAUAAGUAUGCUGGUAUGCGGAUUAGCGUGUGUGGCCAGCGAGUUGUUCUCGAUAUCCCUGAAAGACGAGUGGAUAAUGAUCGUGUGCCUGAUGGUGGGCAAGUUCGCCAUCGGGUCGACCAAUAUGAUGAUGCCCAUCUUCACCGCCGAGCUUUACCCGACUGUGAUCAGAAACUUGGGCGUCGGCGCAAGUCAGAUAUCAGCAGGACUGGCGUUGAUUGGAAUUCCGUACUUAUGGAAACUGACUAUGCUGAAUGAACACUUACCAAUGCUAACCAUAGCGGCGCUGGGCGCGUUAGGAGGCGCUGUUGUUCUGCUGCUGCCCGACACCACCAAGCUCAAAGAACCGCAGACACCAGUAACCAAAAAAAUGCCCACGUUCGAUACUAACUCGCCUUGCAACGGUACGUUUACAGUCGCCGACGACAGAGGGCAUUAGCAGCUUACAAUUGAUAUACCAUAGUGUGAACACUUAUCAGUGUGGUGUGGUAAAAUAAACUUGAAAUCAGUGUACAGUAAUAGUGAGAAAAUUUUCGAAUUUAAUUUAGCAAGUAGUUAGAUUUAAGCAAAGACCUAAGUAAACAUUAGGUUAAAUCAAGUUAUUAGAGCAUAAACAUAAGUUUAAUUUAUGCCAUUUCAGCCAGAGACUGUUUUUUCAGUCCAAUUAAAACCUUUGUUGACAUUCGAGUUCAACAACUAUUAUGCACAAAGUUUUAACUGCCAAGCUCAAUGCAAGAGGUGUUCUGAAAAAAUACUUGAGAUUAUUAACAAACGACCAAUGUGGUUUGUUUCAAACCAAAAGGUAUGGGUAUUUAGUAGGUGGUGUUUUAUCAUAUGCCUGAGGACUAUCUACCAAACUGAUAAAUCUAAAUAAUUUGACAUUUUCAUAUCACUACGUCAACCAAACAGUACCGAAUCACAAUUAAUUAAUUUGUAUUUGGUUAAAAUAACUUAACAUACUAAUGGUUAUUUUAUAGAAGACAAUGUUAGAACUGCAAUUAAUAUUUUUUAACAAUGGGGAAUUUGAAUUGAUUCGUCCCUAAGUAGGUACAUAACUAUAAAAUCCGCCUGGAUUACUCACAAAAAUAUUAAAAAGUAUAAUUUGAUAUUUACGGGUUUAAUAUACAUCACUAACUACUUAUUUAAUUACUAAUUUAUGCCUAGAUAAUGAUAAUUACGUAAAGCAGCUCUAUGAGAUAGCUACGACAUUAUAUUGCUUUGUAGAAUAUUUUCUACGAUAAAAGGGUAGUUAAUGUUAAAGAUGAAAACGUUUUUUUUGCUCCGACAAACGUUCAGAAAUAAUUGUCAAUAUAUUUUUUGUAAACAUUUUCAUUGUUCCUAAUUAAACAGUGGUCUCAUACAUAAAAUAACUCAUUUAACCAUAUUUUUAUUCCCGACUAGAUUUUAUAUCUGGACUAGCCCUAAAUGACAAUUCAAAUACCUGUCAUCUUAACUAAUACUAAUAUUAUUUAAACAAAGGUUCUUUGUAAAUGCUAAUAUCUGGAAUUACCAAGUAGUCCAACGCAAAAUAAAUGAGCUAGUUGCCUAAUAAAUGUUCAUUGUGAAAUAUUUACAUUUAUUUAUUUAGGCCUCGUAAAUAGUAAAAGACCCAAAUUGAAAGAAGUUUUUAAAUGUACAUUUAACCAGUUUUUUCAUAUUAUCACAAUAGAAGUAUUUAACUAACCCAACCUAGUUAUUAGUUAUAAAAUUAAUUAGCUCAAAAUGAUAAUUUCUUUUCAAUGUCAACAUAAUGUACGUACCUGUUAAUAUGUUACCAUGUAGCAUUCUAAUGUAUUUAUUGUAUAGCAAUUAAUAACCAGUUACCAUUUUAAAUGUAGAGUUAAGUGUAUUUUGUUAAGUUAAUUUUACUUUUUCUGAAUUUCUUCUCAAUGGGUCAAAAGUUUGAUGUCAGGCCCAUGUACUUAUUUUAGAUAUAAAAUAUAAAUAGCUAUAAGCUAUUAAGUCCCAUUUUGUCAAAUUAUAGAAAAAUGUAACUAAUCAGUUCAUUGUUUAUUAUUAUGUAUAGUCCAGUAGAAUUAGCUUUUAAAUCGGAAAUAAUUCCUACAAAAGAUUUUAUUGUUUUAAUGGCUUCAUUGGUUGCCCAUUAAGACUCUCCUAAGUUUUCGACUUCGACGGAGUUGUGCUUAAGUGGUGGGGGCCCCCGAAAGGGGCAUUUUUUCGGUUUUCCGGUUAUACCGCGUAAAGGACUUACCCUAUCAAAAAGUGGUCUUCAUGACGGUUGAAGGGCACUUAAUCCUGCAUUGAAUAAGAUCAAAUUCAUAUGUUUUGGACAAACCGUUCUCGCGCUAAAGUUCGGCAAAGUAGAAAAUAUACGUAUAAUUAAUGACCCUCUCCACGUCCAAUGGUUUGUUACCCACAGGCUUCCAAGUCUUGAAAAGGGCCACCUCAACCAGUGUAACCCUAUCAAGGCUUACGAGCUUGAUGCGCCUAUCCUUGUUCGUCCCAGCCGUUCCUUAACUGCGGUUUCUGCACCUCUUCCUGGCACUCACCUGAACGACUCUGUGUUACCUACUGUGGCUGCCCCUCUUCCUUGUAUCCUCCUGCAUGACUACGUUGCCUAGCCGUAUGCCUGGUCUAAGGUUCGACGCCAAAAAUCAACAACAACAAGUUCAUAUUAAAACGCUGAAGAGUUUUAUGUUUGUUUGUUUGAACGCGCUAAUCUUAAGAAUUACUAGUUUGAUUGAAAUCAUUAUUUUUGUGUUGAAUAGCUCAUACAUUGAGGAAGGCUAUAGGAUAUAUACAAUCACUCUACGACUAAUAGAGGCGAAGCAGUAAAGAAAAAUGUUGCAAGCACGGGAAAUAGUAUUUAAACUGUUUUCACUUGUACGAAGUUGAUUUUGUGGCGUCGAACCUUGGACCAGGCAUAUGGCUAAGCAAUGAAAUCGUACAGGAGGGUACAAGGAAGAGGGGCAGCCACAUUAGGUAACACAGAGUCGUUCAGGAGAGUGCCAGGAAGAGGUGCAGCAACCGCAGUUAAGGAACGGCUGGGACGAACAAGGAUAAGCGAAUCAAACUCGUGAGCCUUGUUAGGGUUACACUGGUUAAGGCGACCCUUUACAAGGCUUGGAAGCAUGUGGGUAACAAGCCAUUGGACGUGGAGAGGGUCAUUAAUUAAACGUAUAUUUUCUACUUUGCCGAACUUUAGCGCGAGAACGGUUUGUCCAAAACAUAUGAAUUUGGUCUUAUUCAAUGCAGGAUUAAGUGCCCUUUAACCGUCAUGAGGACCACUUUUCGAUAGGGUAAGUCCUUUACGCGGUAUAACCGGAAAACCGAAAAAACGCCCCUUUCGGGGGCCCCCACCACUUAAGCACAACUCCGUCGAAGUCGAAAACUUAGGAGAGUCUUAAUGGGCAACCAAUUAAGCCAUUAAAGCAAAAAAUCUUUUGUAGGAAUUAUUUCCGAUUUAAUCAGUUUUUGUGUUUAAUUCUACUGGCCUAGUAAUUGAGAAUGAAUUAUGCAGACAUUAGCGAAGACCUGUCGAAACUAUUUACGUUGAAACAAUUAAAGUAUUUUGUAAUAA